AGGAGUAUUGGAGAUACCGUUCUAGACAGGGAAAGAAAAAGGAAAAGAGAAAAGAAGAACCCUAGAGAAAAAAUCAGCAGAGAUGCCGAAGAAGAUGGGAACGAACAGCAAAGCUGAAGCAGCUAGGGCAAAAAAAUCCCAAACUGAAUCAGAAAAGAAAGAAAAGGAAACUCGCGAGAAAGAAGAAAAAUAUUGGAAAGAAGCAGAAGGAUCAAAACCUAAAGCAGCAAAGAAAAAAGAAGAAGAAGCAGAGAAAAAAGCUGAAGCUGCUGCAAGAAAAGCUGAAGUCAAGAGAUUAGCAGAGUUAGAAGAAAAAGAAUUAGAAAAAGCUGCGAAAAAACCAGACAAAAAAGCAAAUAGAGUUUCAAUACCUGUACCGAAAGUAACUGAAGCUGAAUUGCAGAGGCGUCGUGAAGAAGAACAAAUUCAGAUCGCAAAGAAGAAUGAAGAGAAUAAGAAGAAACAAAAUCGUAUGGCUGAUGAAGAAGAAUAUGAAAAGAUGAUUUUGGUUUCGAAUACGAAUCGUGAUGAUUCGGUUAUUGAAGCCCGUUCUGUUGAAGAUGCUCUUGCUAGAAUGACUGUUGCCGAUAAUCUUCCUGCUGAUCGUCAUCGUGAGAAACGGCUUAAAGCUACCUUCAAGGCUUUCGAAGAAGCAGAACUUCCCCUACUUAAGGCAGAGAAACCAGGUCUCACUCACACUCAGUACAAAGACUUGAUAUGGAAGGCAUGGAAGAAGUCUCCAGACAAUCCUCUUAACCAGGUUGCUGAGUGAUCGCGCUGGACACAGGCCAGUGUUUUCCCUCUAUUUGUUGUCUUCACAAAGGACACAACACUGUUAAGUUAAUUGGGUUCUCACUCUUUAGGAAUUGGGACUUUAUAUUUACAGUUAAUCCAUAAUUUAAGUCCUGAGAGAAAAAAGUUAGAGGGAGAAGUAGAGUGAAAUGUUAUGCAUAAAUACUUAGUGCUUGGGUGUUUCUAAUGGAAUAAAAGAAUGAAGUGUUGCCUGUGGUAUGUCCAGUAAUCUAGAUAUGUUAUUUGGCAUUGGUAUGGUUCUUUUUCGUGGUUUUCUAACAACCUUGUAUCAUGAUUCAUGAAGAUCAAUUUUCAAUUCUAGUCCGUUUCAUUGCAGAGACGUUA